GUGAAUAGGUCAGGCAUCCCUAAAGUUGAUGAGAAGUUGUUUCUUUUCUAAACUAUCGGAAAAAGUUACAUAUUUUAUGUAUUUAUAUUUCGGUAUGAUGCAAAAUGACUGAAUUAUCUUUAGAAGAUAAAACUGCUCGUUUGAUAUAAAAAACACAUAUAUAGAGCGCAAGAAAAGAUUUGUGUAUAUAUAGAUAAUAUUAAAAAGUUCAAGUUUCACCUUAUUGACACAUCAAAGAUCCGAGGAUUACCAUUUAGGUAGUAAAUAUAAUAAUUAAAAAAGGUAGACUUAUCAUAAUCUCAAUGAGUGAAAAACUUUGAAAUGGUGGGAAAAGAGAAGUCACUGUCUAAAGUGAAACGAAGUAGCAACCUGAUGAUUGAUACUUCGAAUGUGAUUGUAAAACAAGAACAUAACUUGUUAUCACCUCAGUCAACGUCAUCAGAACAUUCGUCACUUGAUGAUAGAAAUGCUCAAAAUAAUUCAGCUGGUGAAGAUCAAGCAAUAAUCAAAUAUGAAGACGAUUCAAAUCUUGAAACCAUGUCAAGCAACGACAAACCUGAUCGAAUGGAUAAAACUUCUCAUUUCACUUCAGGACCGAGUGCGGAACGCAUUCAUGAAUUGAAUUAUGAUUUCAGUGAAAUCGAUCGAAAUGUAUGUUCAUCGGGAAGUUUAAGUGAGAAAGUUCAAUCAAGAACGUAUGUGAAUGCUUCGAACGGUUACCAAGAAGUUCAGAGUAAUGAGAAUUUAUCAAAUUGGAAGUAUGACCAUAUCGAAUGUAAACAGGAAGCCAAUGUGCCGACUUUUAUAAAUGAUAUGAUUUCAAGUGAUAAUGGAAAUUUGGGAUUAGAAAAUGAAUUUAAUGAGCCCUACCAGUAUGAAUGUAACUUAAGUGAACCUUUGUAUACAAACGACGCAAGUAAUAGCAACACAUUGGACACACAGGCUCUUUACAAGCCACGAGUGGGACCAUAUCAUAUCACGUCAUCCAAAAAUCAGUUGCCUACUUGGUAUGCACCUCCAGAGAACUUUUGUUUGCCACCAUCAGAUCUUAGCCAGUAUCCCUUCCAACAAGGAAGUUUCCAGGGAUCGCAGUCAUCGUCAGUAAUCGAUCAAAAUAUGAGAAACAUGAUACACCUGACAAAUAGAAAUGGUCGAGAGGCUCGCAAUAGAGCUGAAAAGCAUCGACGUGAUAAGCUCAAUGGAUCCAUUCAAGAACUAUCAUCAAUGGUGCCACAUGUCGCAGAGUCACCACGACGUGUCGACAAAACUGCUGUUCUUCGAUUCUCUGCUCAUGGAUUAAGAAUAGAUUAUGUUUUUGGCAAUCAAAAGCCCAACCGAUAUAUCAUCAAUCCAAAAUCAACAGAAGGCUUAAUGAAACUUCUGGACACUUUCCUUCUUUCUGUGACAUGUCGAGGGAAUAUCGUUCUUGUGUCAAAUAGCGUAGAGCAGUAUCUUGGACACUGUAGGUCGGAUUUAUUCGGUCAAAGUUUACUUAACAUAACUCAUCCUGAAGACCACGCCUUUUUAAAGCAACAACUGAUACCGACAGAUUUGCAUAAUUUAUUUGCAGCGAAAACUGAUGAAAAUGGUGAAAUAAGAUCACGAACACAAGAAGAGGAAGAAGAGAUUGAUAAGAAGCUGAGAGAAGAUCGGAGAGAUUUCACAUUAAGACUUGCUCGAGCUGGGCCGCGUUCAGAGCCAACCGUUUAUGAAAUGGUCAGAAUUGAUGGUUGUUUUCGUCGAGCUGAUCAAGCCCCCCGAGGAAGACCAAGUGCUGGGCCAACAGGUUUACAGUUGAUAAGACGAGCUAGAGGGAGAGAUGAUAAUAUUCCACUUCACAGUAUAAGUGGAAAUGAUAUCAUUCUAAUCGCAAUGGCUCGUAUAAUCAAACCUCCAAUGUUCUGUGAUCGUCUUAUAGAAGCCUGCCGCUAUGAGUACAAAACACGACAUCUUAUCGAUGGUCGUAUCGUACAAUGUGAUCAGAGAAUAUCAAUAGUUGCUGGCUAUUUGAUUGAAGAAAUUUCUGGUCUUUCUCCUUUCACAUUUAUUCAUAGAGAUGAUGUGCGAUGGGUUAUGGUUGCUUUAAGGCAGAUGUACGACUUUGGAAAACCUUACGGCGAAUCAUGUUACCGACUAAUGUCACGUACCGGUCAAUUCAUCUAUUUAAAGACUCGAGGUUGUUUGGAAGUUGACGCAAAGACUCGUCAAGUUCAUUCUUUUGUUUGUGUCAAUUCUCUUGUAUCUGAUGAAGAAGGUAAACGAUUAGUGCGGGAGAUGAAAAAGAAAUUUUCGGCAAUUAUUAGUGAAGAAGAGUUAAGUGCAAUGGAAAGUGAUGUACCUGCUGUGGAGAAUCCACAAAAGCUUGAACGAGCCAUAUUAAAUUUAAUAACAAAUUUAAACAAUGCAACAUCAUGUGAUGAUGACAACGUGUCGAUGAUAAGUGAAUCAACAGUGGAAAAUGAGGAUAACACAAGACGAACACCAUUGCCAUUGGCAAUUAUUCCUCCCAAAUCAAACACCAUAAAAUCAUCAAUUUUCAAAGCUGUAAAUGUCAUUGGACAAGCAUUAAAAGGACAAAGUCCAACAAUAAAAGACGAACCGAGAAGUCCAGAAACGCCUAGUCAAACAAAUUAUGCGUUUCAUCAUGAUUCAUCUCAUCAAAUCAAUAUCAAAAGUGAACCAGCAUGCAUUCUUUCUCCCACAUCUUCAUCGAUGUCUUCUCUUGAUUCUGAUCUUUCUUCUCCCUUUUUAUCAUCAUCUGGCAAUAUUCAACAUCAAAGCGUCGUAACGACAAACGAUAGAAUUAAUUCAAAUAGUUUGAAAGCAUCUGCGAAUGAUAUAAAAAAAUUAGAUUACUUCUUACCUUAUGAUAACUUUUCGAACAGUAGUAUCGAUGCUACUCCAGCCAUAAACACUCUCACGUCAACUGCUACAGAAACCAAUAUGAAUAAUAAUAAUAAUGGUAACAUAAAUAGAAAUUCUGUACUUAAACGAGUAUAUGCUAGCAGUGACAAUGAUGAUGAUUACAAUGAACUGACAAAGAAACCUACACUAAGUCUUCACAGUGUGUUGGGAAGUUCUGCAUCAGAAACUUCUGUUAAACCUUGUCUGGAUAUGCUUAAUAUGUCAGUCUGUGCAACAGAUAUUUCAGAUGUUUUAUCACCAACAUUUCCUGAUGACAGUCUCACAGAGCCAUUUAAUUGUGGCAUUUCUCAAAUUUUACAGAAUUCCAUCGAAACGUUGACGCCUGAGCAAGAAGAACAGCGUGAAAUUUUAAAUUCACUUCGUGAAUCUUGUUCUGUGAUAACAGCAUCGUCGAAAAAUUCACCAAAUAGUAACUGCAAAAAAGAUGACAGAUAAUAAUGACUCCAUGAGCUUUGAUAUGCUUUAAACACUUAAGAUUAAUCGAAAGCUUUACUUGACAACGAUUUAACACAAACAGCAGCGUUUCAAUGAAACGUAGCUAGAAUAACAAGGAAGACUAGCGCAAUGAUUCUAAGUUUAUUAUAGAUCUAUAAAAAGUUGAAAUUGAAUUUCCAUUUUUAUCUUCAAAUCUUCUUAACUAGUCAAAGCGCAGUGAAAGUAAAGAUAUUUAUUAUAUAGGGAGAGAGUUAUUAAGGCUUGUUUAUUUGAUGAAAUACAAAAUAUAUGAAUAUGUAGCACAUGAGAAAAAGUUGAAACCAACGCCUAAGUAAUCUAUAAUUAAACAAUAGAAAAUAUCAGAAAGAAAUAUUUUAACAUCUAAUUUUUCCGCAAUAAACAUCAAAACUAAAUAUUGUCAAAUCAUUUACUUUAUAAACACAAGAAAGGUCGAUUAAAAUCGCUUUGAAAACAUCGAUAUGAAUGAGAAAAAAAUUCUCAAUGACGGUUUGUGCCUAAUAAAUGAAAUAUAACGUUGAUAGUACCAGGAAUUGGAAUUGAAUCAACAUUCUUCUUCUGUUUCAUCUUAAUCAAACUUUUAAGUUUAGCUUUUCGUCUUUCUUCGAAUAAGAAACAUUGAAAAGGUUUUAAUUAUCCUACAUUAACUUUUAACAAGAGUGUUUAGUUAAAGAACAUUUUUAAGUAAUUUUAACUUCUUUUCUUACAUUAAUUUUCAACUUAUCACCAACUUGUUAUCUAGUUGGUCACAGGCAGUAGCUGGAAACUUUUUUUCAAGCGCUUGAAAUUUUUAUAUCUAGUAUAAGAAGGAAAAGUCGAUGAAUUCCAGCUUUUGUUGUGAUUCCAAACCCUGGACAUGUAUUACAGAUUACAUCAGAAAAGUCUCUCCUAUCGACAUUGCAGAAACAAUUUCAAUUCUAUAAUGUGAUUAAAUCGAUUUGUCAAGCUCUAUCAAUUUGAUGAAUGGCAUCGUGAAAAAAUGAAAACUUUAAAAAAUUUAAAGUUUAACUGUACAUAUGAAUUUUAAUAGGUCAAAAGGAAAAGUUUGCAAUUCAUUUGCGUGCGUUUCCUAAAUAAUUGUGGGAAGAAAAUUGUAGAUUUUCGAUCGUUGCAAAACGAUAAUCUGUGUAAUCCUUAGAUGUGGUAUGGUAAUGUGAAUGUGUCAAAACAGAGUAGAUAACUCUUUUAAAAUUAGUUUAUUUGAUUCUCCUGUUUUUGAUUUUACCAAGAAUUUUCAAAGUUCUUAAAGAUUCUAUCAAAAAUAGAAACGAUUCAUUGAAAUUUUGUGCGGAUCUCGAUAAAUCAUUUCUUUCUUAAAAGUUUGAUUUGAUAAAGUUUUACUUGUAGUAGAUUGGUAAAAUUGACAAUUUAGUUAUAAUACAUAAAACCAUAGGGAAGAAGAAGUUUUUGAAAAAGAGAUAAAGCCUUUAUUUUAAUAAAUUAGUAAUUUCAUGGAUUGACUUUUAUUGGUCCGAAAAUACGCAAAAUUUCAAUUAAUCAUCUUCUUCGUUUAAAAGAAAAUAUACAAUAAAUAUAAUUAAUUAAGUUACAGUUAAUGAAAAUGGGAAAAUUUUAGUUUUUGUUAAAGAUUAUUUUUGUUUGUUACUAAAAAACUUAUGUUCAUACAUUAAUUUAUUCUGUUAUCAAAAACAAAAGAGAAAAGAGGAAAACACGAAGUAAAAUUUAAAGGAAAAGAAAUAAAACAAUUCGUCUUAAAAA